UAGGCAUCACAAGCACAAGUGCCGCAGUUUGUCUGUGCUUUGUAGUAGGUCAGUCAUUACUACUGCACGCUCAAAGCCCUCAGGUGCCAAGCAGGACAGCAGAGUGACAGCAGAGUUUAAAUGGGCAGAAGCCGGAAAGCAAGAAGAGGCGCUCAUUCCUGCAAAAAAAUCAUUUCGUGCUGCUGCUGUUCUCAGAGUUGUAUUAACUUCUGAGAGUCCUGAAGGGCUUCGAUCCUUCGAGGAUGGCGGUUUGAAGUUAUGGACAGCUCUCCUGGUGCAUUUCCCCGUCUAUGGACUGCUGCUGAAAGAUCCUUAUAGGAAAACUGUGGACCGCUCGCGAUGGUGUCCGGCUGAGGCGCGUGACCCCGUGCCCAUGCCGUGCGUAAAGGAGGUGUCCCACGAUAAACUUCAGCGAGACUUGUGCGCGCGCUCUCCCAGCAUCCCAGCUUGACCAUGUCAGUGAUCAGGAGGAAAUUCGGCGACGAUUAUCAGGUGGUCAACACCGGACAGGGGUCUUCUUUCCCGGCGCCAGCCAAAAGGAAGCGGCAGCGCUUCGUGGAGAAGAACGGACGCUGCAACGUCCAGCACGGCAACCUGGGCGGAGAGACCAGCCGCUACCUGUCGGACCUCUUCACCACGCUGGUGGACCUGAAGUGGCGCUGGAACCUGCUGAUCUUCCUGCUCACCUACACGGUGGCGUGGCUCAUCAUGGCCUCCAUGUGGUGGGUGAUCGCCUACAUCCGAGGGGACCUCGGCCGCGGCCACGACGACUCGUACACCCCCUGCGUGGCCAACGUCUACAACUUCCCCUCCGCCUUCCUCUUCUUCAUCGAGACCGAGGCCACCAUCGGCUACGGCUACCGCUACAUCACCGAGAAGUGCCCCGAGGGCAUCAUCCUCUUCCUCUUCCAGUCGCUGCUGGGCUCCAUCGUGGACGCCUUCCUGAUCGGCUGCAUGUUCAUCAAGAUGUCGCAGCCCAAGAAGCGCGCGGAGACGCUCAUGUUCAGCCAGGACGCCGUCAUCUCGCAGCGGGACGGCAAGCUGUGCCUCAUGUUCCGCGUGGGCAACCUGAGGAACAGCCACAUGGUGUCGGCGCAGAUCAGGUGCAAACUCAUCAAGUCUCGUCAGACUCCUGAGGGUGAGUUUCUGCCUCUGGACCAGAGGGAGUUGGAUGUUGGCUUCGGGACGGGUGCUGAUCAGCUCUUUCUCGUUUCUCCUCUCACCAUCUGCCACGAGAUAAACCCCAAGAGCCCCUUCUUCGACCUCUCGCAGCGCUCUCUCAUGAGCGAGCAGUUCGAGAUUGUUGUCAUUCUGGAGGGCAUCGUAGAAACCACAGGUAUGACCUGCCAGGCUCGUACCUCUUACACCGAGGACGAGGUUUUAUGGGGUCACCGCUUCCUGCCUGUCAUGUCUCUUGAGGAGGGCUUCUUCCGGGUCGACUACUCCCAGUUCCACAGCACCUUUGAGGUUCCCACACCCCCCUACAGCGUCAAGGAACAAGAGGAGACGUCCUGCCUGCCUUCCCCGGCCCCUCCCCUCACCCCCACCCCAGGUGACCCCAGGAUCAGCCGCAGGGAACGCAUCUUCUCCCUGGAUGGCGUCCCACAGGAGGAAUCCACCUCAAGGCUACCCAGCAAGCUCCAGCGCAUGAGCUCCAGAAAUGGCAAAGAGGCCCUGAAAGCCGGAGGUGGUCCAGCAACACAACAGGCCAGUGAGAAAGCAUCCAGCACAGGCGACCUGCCGCUGAGGGUUCAGCGCCUGGGCUCCUUCGCCAGUCCAGAGGAACCAGUGGGGAACCAGCAGCUCCAGCUGAAGCCUCUGAAGGUGGGCUCAGAUGCUCACACCCAGUCUACCGGAGAAUUAGAGCACCACAGACUGACUCUGCUGCCUCCGCCUAUUCCGGGGCCAAAUCUCAACCCCCUGCCUGUGGCCGGCGGCCGGCCAGAGGACAAUCUGCCUGCCAAACUGCGCAGGAUGAACGUGGACCGCUGAGGCAUGAGCCAAGACACUGUUGACUUCGAACCAUAGACUAAAGAUUGAGCAGAGAGGCUUCAAGAGGCCAGAGCUUGUUUUAAAGCACGAUUUAAACAUGUACUUAAACUGGACUAUACUGUGAUUCUUUCAAUUAAGUGGUUCCCCAACUUGGUCCCAGGGUGUCCCUGCCUAGUGCUGGCCAGUACUGAUCAAUAUCACAAUAUCGCAAUUUUUCCAAAAACAUGGGUAAAAUAACCAAAUACAAUGAUAUCACAGCAUCCCAUGAUAUUUAAGUUUGUAUGAUUAGUUCAUAAACCCUUGCUUCCUGAAUGCU